UUAACCUCCAUCAUUGCAUACGCAAACAGCUGAAUAGUUAUUCAUUCCUCAUUUUCAUUUCAGUACGGAACAAAUUUUAUAAAUUUUCAUUUUUGCUAAAAAUGGCACAAAAAUAAAUUUUCAUUUUUGCUAAAAAUGGCACAAAAAUAUUCUUUUGUUGAGCUCCAGUUGGGAAAUAAUGUCGAAAAUUUAGUGUCAGUUUUGGAGACUUUAAUGCCAUCAACGGUCCAAAUGCUCAAUCUCCUGAAAGUGAAGAUGGGAGGAUUAUUUUCUCCAGAACGGGUUCCGUACUUUAAGUUCUUUACUUAUGAACCGGAAGUGGGUUCUUUGCGUGGUAAAAAAGAUGCCCAAAUUUUAUGCUCCGAUCGAGAUUGGAAUACAUUGGAUAAACCGUUGUUUUUGGUGUGCAUAAUUAAUACGAAGUACAUUAUCAAAAAUUCAUCAAACUUUUCCUAUACGUUGAUGUACUCGAGGGAAACGCCAUCCCCUGACGAUUCCGACCUGAUAUCAGCCUUUUCCUCACUUUUCGACUUUGGGGAUAAAGGUGACAUUGUGUUUGGAACAAUGGACGUGCGCUAUGUUCCCUUCAUCGAGAAGGUCACGUCUCUUAAUAACAGAAACAUGGUGGCCUACCCCAACUGGACGAUGUUCCUGGACGAAACGACAGUUUUAGGAUUUGAGAAGGAUAUCGAAAGUAAUAACGAAAGUUCUGAAUUCGCCAUCCGUCCCCUCUCUCCAGACAAACACGCCCCUAUGAUCAAUUCUGUCUGGAAAUUUGGCUCAGAUGGGGCGCUGAUUCACGUCAAUGACCAAAUUCGCCAUUCUCCCUCUGCAGGAAUUUUUCUCUCUGAUGAUACAACCUUAUCUUCACCCAUCUGUUGGACCAUAACAAUGCCGACAGGGACAAUAAAUGCACUUCAUACUAUAGACGCUUAUCGGCGGAAAGGACUCGCCGAGCUGGCAAUGAAACGUGUCGCGGUAGAUUUAGUCCGCCUGCGCAUGCGCCCCUUGGUCGAAAUCGAGCUGGAAUCUACCGCGUCGAAAAAUUUGAUGGAAAAAUUAGGUUUUCAGCUUGCAUUUGAUGCCAUUUGGAUUUAUUGUUCAGUAGGGUAGCUAUAUUUAUGAAUAAAUUUUGUUAAAAAAAUAUGAUGAUUUUGUCAAAGUUUAUUUUUAAGCGGCACUCAAAAUAAAUUGUGUUUUCAGCUAAAUUUUACUAGAAUUUGAAUUCCACAUGCUUAUGCAUGUAUUUAUAAAAAUAUUUAUAAUUUUUUGAAUUUCACAAAUAAAAAUUUAUAAGCCAUGCAAAA